AUGGAGAGCCCUUCACUUUCAUCGCUGAUCGAUCCUUCCAUUGACUUCCACGUCCCACAACCCGUACACGAGCUAGCGACGACCGCCAUGGCUUCCGGCCUUCUUUCUCUCCAGCCGCCCUCGCCCCUCGAUUUUGACGACACCACGGACGCCACGGACUCCACGUCAGCCACAAUCAGCGCCUUGAAUAUCACCAAUGCCACGUCAGAGCCUUGGGAAGAGGCCAUGCGCGCUCAGCUCGCCACGUGGUUCGAAGACCCGGACUUUGUCGACGAGGUUCCGUCGAUGGACGUCGUUCCCGGCGAAAAAGGCGUUGGUCUUAACCUUGACGGAGACGCGAUCGUCGCGCUUCCUCCCGACGCCGUCUUCUCUAUGCUGUGCAACGCGCACAACCGCCGAGUUUAUAGGAACGUUAAGGCGGCGAAGAACGAGCGCGUCGUGAGUGACUGUAACGGGGUUAAGGUGGUCGAAAUGGACCUCACGUUCGCCUUCAGACUGCCCCCCUUUACAGGAACGUUCGACUCGCACCUGCUCUUUGUCUAUGAUCGCCCGAAGCGCAGGGUCACGUUCACACAAACGCGCAACGGCUUCAUGCGCAAGUUCGAAGGCUACUGGCAGGUCGAGUCGCUCCUCAUCCCGGCGUCCGCUGCCCCCUCUUCCUCCGCCUCUUCCUCGCCCUCCCGCCCUUCUUCCCCCACUUCCUCCGCCCCCUCCCCCCCAAUCGGCACUUUCGGCUCGUCCCCGCAAUCGCCGCUCUCCGAAGUUUGCGGCGGCCCGGGUGACCGCGAUUUUGCUGCAGAUCUCGUAGGAGCUUUUGCCGCAAGAACCGGCAGCGGUUACCGCGUGGCGUCGCGGCUGGUGCUGCAUCAGUUCGUGCUGCCGCCCAUCGCGCCGCCGAACAUUUUCAAGCGCUGCCUGCGCGCCCUGCUCCGCGAGUCGACGCGCGAUGUGCUGGCAAUUUUCCAGGAGGAAGCUGCGCGGAUUCGUCGCAACAAGGGGAAGGAAGAAGUGGAGGAGGAGGGGGGGAAAGGAAAGGCGGGGAAGAGCUCGAAGCUGGCCACUAUCCAAACCGCGUCAGAACCCUGGGAGGAGUCAAUUAGCUCGCAGCUCGCCGCAUGGUUCGACGACUCGCACUGGACGGACGAGCCGCCUUCAAUGACAGUUACCGUUGGAGACCACGGCCGCGGCCAGCUAGACGGCGUCGCGACCGUCGCGCUUCCCCCGGACACGGUUUUCUCUAUCCUGUGCGACCCGCACAACCGCCGCGUGUUCACGUUCAUAAAAUCCGUCAAGAACGAGCGCGUCGUGAGUGACUGUAACGGGGUGAAGGUGGUCGAGUUGGACAUAGUGUUCGCGCUCAAGGUGCCCUUCUUUACAGGCACGUUCGACGCGCACCUGCGCAACGUGCACGACCGCCCCAACCGCAGGGUGACCUUCUGCCUGUCGCGCCCCGGCUUCAUGCGCAAAUUCGAAGGCUACUGGCAGGUCGAGCCACUCCUCGUUCCCGCUUCUGCCACUUCCGCCGCUUCCGCCACCGACACGACGCAGUUUCCCCCUUCCCCCUCUCCCCCAGCCCCUUCGUCGCCCCUGCCUUCCGCAUCCACCGAGGAGCCCUUCCCAAUCGCUUCCUUGGAGUUCGCUCCGCAAUCGCCGCUCUCGGAUGUCAUGUUUCUCGGGAGCUCGUGCGACAGCGAAUCCGGGUCGGAUUUGGAUUCGGAUCCUUUUGACAGCGCUGGAAGCAAUUCGUCUGGCAGCGCCAGCAGCAGGCCUUCCCGUGUAGUACCAGGCCCCGCUGCCGCGAGCGUUGGCGGCAUGUGUGAUGGCGUGUCAGUCGGGGACGGCAUGCGCGUGGCGUCACGGCUGGUGCUGCAUCAGGUGGUGGAGCCAUCGCUGGCGCCGCCCGCGAUGUUCCGACGCUGCGUGCACACGCUGCUCAAGGCGGCCACGCGUGACGUGCUUGUCGUUUUCCAGUACGAAGCCGCGCGGAUUAGGAGCGGCAAGGGGAAAUUCCCCUGUAAAAAUGGGGCGGAAGUAGGCGCAGAUGAGGGGGACGGGGGGGAAGGAAAGGGAGGGAAGAGCUCGAAGCUGGGUGCGCUGUUUUUGCACAAGGAGGCGCUUGGGGGGAAGAAAAGCGGGUUCGCCGCGGGGAAGGGGAGUUUUGGGUGGAAGAGACCGGCGCAGCGGAAGGCAUGA